AUAAUAAGAAGGUCCACCGUAUAUGAGGACCUCCUCUAAAUCGCAGGCGCUGGUUUCUGAAAGAGUUAGGAAGAACAUACAACCCACAAACUCUUCAUAACUUCUCUCCAAUCUCUCGAGAUCGAUCAAAGAUUAGCAGAUCCGAUCCUUCGAAGCUACAAUGACUACAUCCAAGCGUUUGGCUGAUAGAAAGGUGGAGAGGUUUGAGAAGAACAUCAAGAAGCGUGGCUCUGUUCCUGAAACUACAACAAAGAAAAAGGACUCUUACCCUGUGGGGCCUAUUGUGCUUGGUUUCUUCAUAUUUGUGGUGAUAGGAUCCUCUUUGUUUCAGAUAAUCCGCACAGCAACAAGUGGAGGCAUGGCUUGAAACUUGAAUGGGUGGAUAGAGUCAGUUUCUUUCAAAUGGGUAGAGCCUACUUUAUUUUAUGGUUUAUGGUUUGUUUUGUUUGAGCUAAAGUUAAGUUAAGGUCGUAUGUUGAAGGAUUGUUCUGACUAUUGAGUUAUAACUCAAUAAACUAUAUAAAAUCUUAGUUAAAAAAAAACAAAGGUCCUUUUUUA